AGCGGUGGUGUUGAGAGCGGCCGCGGAAGGAGCUUUUGCAUCUGGAGAAAGAAGAGAUGACGGAGAAGAAGAUGGCUAGUGGUUUCACCGGCAACCAAGAACCGCCGACGGAUAAAUGUUGGGGAAAUUAUUGCAAACCCUUUCAACAAGGGAAAAUCAAGAAUUGGAAGAGGUUUUCAAGCAUGUGCCACAUGUGCAAGAAAAAGGAAAAACUCAUUAUGGUGAGCAUUGGAGGUGUCUCCAACAUGCACCCUCUAAUGUUUAAGUCAAGCAAGAUCCAAUGAAGAUGUUGGAGAAGGAAGAAGAAGUCUAGGGGAGAAGAGGGACUCAAAAGGAAUUACCUUUAAUAGAGUGAAAAGGCUUUU